CAGUGGUUCUAGACGGGAGGCCCUGUGGGCUUGCGGGGAAAAUGCCAGUGGCCGUGAUGGCGGAAAACCCGGUCUCCUUCCAGAGGUUGUUGGAGCAGUGCGAGGAGCAGGAACUUGAGGCUCCAGGAGGUAUUGCAACACCCCAGGUGUACAGUCAGCUUCUAGCGCUAUACCUUCUACACAAUGACAUGAAUAAUGCCAGAUAUCUCUGGAAAAGAAUACCACCUGCCAUCAAAUCUGCCAAUGCAGAGCUGGCUGGGAUUUGGGAGGUGGGAUAGAGGAUCUGGCAGAGAGACUUCCCCGGAAUCUACGCAUCCAGUGGUCAGAAAACAUUCAACCAAUCAUGGAGGCUGUAAGAGGUAUAGCACUGUCGUCCAGCACAUGGUGAAUUCUGAAAUAAAAUUGAAAGUAUAGGUUA